AGGAUUCCCCAACAGAUUAAUACUCCUUCAAACCCUCUUUAUGCAGUCUCUCCUUCAACUCUUUGAUGAGACCACCUUAAGGCUAAUCACUUUUAUCUAGAUUUUUGCAUUUUCCCUUAUCAAAUCAGCUAAUUUCAAUUUAAGUUUCAUUUGACUCAUUUAAUAAUGUCGUUUUCAAUUGAUUGAUAACAAAUAUUCUUGAUCUUCAUUUCUACGUGAAUCCAAACACAAUCACAUGUUAUCCAGUGUUUGAAACUUGUCUUUCUUUUUGAUUCUGCUCUUUGACUUUCUGUCUUUUUUGCUUUUGUUUACACUUGCUCUUGUAUAUAUCUUUAUAGUAUCUUCCAUAAUUCUUCUUUAUGCAUGAUGUUCAAAUCAGUCCAACGGCUUAACCCACUACACCGUCAAAUUAUUCAGAGAAUCAGUUUUAAUGGACCAUUAACAAUCAGUGAUUACAUGAAAUUAGUUUUGACAGCCCCAUCUAAUGGAUUUUAUAUGAAGCAAGAUGUUUUCGGUCGUUCAGGACAUUUCACAACAUCCCCAGAAAUAUCCCAAAUAUUUGGAGAGCUUAUCGCAGUUUGGGCUGUCAAUGAAUGGCAGAGGUUCAAUAGCAGUCGACCUUUGCGUAUUGUUGAACUUGGACCUGGACGAGGAACCUUAGUCUCUGACAUUUCACGUGUUUUAAAUAAAUUCAGUCAUACAAAAGAUCAAGCCUCACUUCAUUUGGUUGAAAUUUCACCUUACCUGGUCCAAUUACAAGAACAAAAAUUAUGUGGUAAUGUUUCUGUUCUCGGCAAAGAUGAUUUUACCAGACAUGAUUCUUUAACCAAAUUGGGUUUACCAAUUACAUGGUAUCGAUCAUUAGAUCAAGUGCCUGAAGUGCCAGGUUUCACUGUGUACAUUGCUCACGAAUUUCUAGAUGCUUUACCUAUUCAUAAAUUUCAGAAAAAUGAAUCUGGUGAAUGGAGAGAAAUUCUUGUCGAUAUUGAUGCCAAUGAAGAGCUUCGUUAUAUUAUAUCAAGACAUCCUACUCCAGCCAGUAAACUUCUCAUUACUCACGACCAUGACUUGAGUUUGGACCAUCUAGAGAUUUGUCCUGAGGCAGCAUUAACUGUGGAAAAAAUUGCUGAAAGAUUGAAUAGGAAUGAUGGUUGUUUCCUGAUCUGUGAUUAUGGUUAUGAUGAUAAAGAGAAAAAAUCAAGAGAUACUUUCAGAGCAUUUCGUAAUCACAGUCAAUGGGAUCCUCUCAAAGAACCAGGCUCAGCUGAUUUAACAGCUGAUGUUGAUUUUGGUUAUCUUAAAAGGCAUGUUGGUGAUAAAUCGCUUACCUAUGGGCCAAUCGAUCAACAGACAUUUCUCAAAAAUUUAGGAAUAGCUGUCCGACUAGCAAUGCUUCUUCAAGCAGCUAAUGCUGAGCAGAAAAAAGAUUUAAUCUCUGGAGCUAAAAUGAUUCUUGAUGAUAUGGGUCCGAGGUUCAAAUUUAUGGCUAUGUUUCCAAAGCUUUCCAAACAUUUAUUUAAAACUGACCCACCUGGUUUCUCUUCUGUUUAUAAUCCAUUGUGAUGAACCAUUUAGUAUUAAUCUUAUUACCAGUGCCAUUCUUCAAUUACUUUUCGAUGCUAUUUUUGAGCUUAUGACACAACUGUGUACAUCAUUUUUUGCCUAUGACACGAUUAAUGUUGAUUUUUACUACAUAUCUACUACAUACUGUAUAUCUAUAAUAUUGAUUUAAAUUUUAAAAUUGAAGACGAUAAAGUACAAAACUAAUAAAUGAUUAUCGUAAAUAUGACACGAA